AUGGAUUCGAAGGAAUGCCUUCUCUACGUCUGCUGUAAUCACAAGCUUCCCGCAACGAGAUAUCCGUUUCGUAUCUACCAGCGAGUGUAUUCAGGUUAUUACAGUAGCGGGUGA